AUGAUUAUAAUAGGUGUUCUGGGCGUUAAGACCCACUUUCAGACCAAAGACUACUUUAUAUCCCAUGGUAGAAAAAUUACUUUAGCUGCCGCUGUUUCAAUUAACCUAUCGCUUCAUCUUCGUCAUGGUAAUGGAGAAUAUAUUCCUCAAAGUGAUGGUUUCACUGCAUUUGGACCAGAGAAACCGCAUGUUAUUCACAUAUUGUGCAUUUAUAGGUUGGGAAAUGUACCAUGUCUUUGUGUCACAACAUAUGUCUGUUUAUCUUAUUUUCAUAAUAGAUCUAUAAUUGCAUAUAUCACAAGAGUGUAUUUUGCGGGUGACUGUAUCAAUAAAAUGACGAUGAUGUGUUCUUGA